UUUCUCCAUAAAUUAUUUCUAUUUUUUUGUUUGGGAAAUACAAAAAAUAAUUAUUUGUAUUUUUUUUCACUCAAAUUUUUUGCAAAAUAUCCAAAAAAGACCAACCGCCAUUUUUUUUUUUUUUUCGGUUUCCUGUGUGAAGAAGCUCUGAACCUUAAGACCCAGUAGGCCAAAUCUUCAUCUAUCACGCAGAAAGUUAUCUUUUUGAAACUUUUGCAGCUUUGGCUUUGAAUCUGUAGGUGUGAGGGAAAAUGGAAGGAUUGUCAUCGGCAAUGAAAGGCGUGCUGAUAAGGACUCCAACAGAGGUCUGUAGCCAGAGAGUGUUGUUGAAGGGAAAAUAUGUGGAGCAAUAUGAUCAGCUUGUUAAUGUUAAAGAAAGCCGUACAAGUUUCCCACAAAGAUUUAGCUGGUCAUGUGGUCGAGUUGGGUACAGUGGAUACUAUUGGCACGCCAUUAAUAUGGAUCCCAAACUCAAGAGAAAUGAGCAGUCACAAGUGGUUCGUGGUCGUCCUCGAGCUCAAGCCAUUUUGUCCCCUGUAUCAGACCCAAGUGCACCAACUACCAAAAAGAGAGUAUUUACAUUUGGGAAAGGAAGGAGUGAAGGCAACAAGGGCAUGAAAUCGUUGUUGGGAGGGAAGGGUGCAAAUCUAGCAGAAAUGGCUAGCAUUGGGUUGUCCGUGCCACCUGGACUAACCGUGUCAACGGAAGCAUGCCAAGAGUACCAGCAGAAUGGGUUAAAGUUACCAGAAGGUUUGUGGGAGGAAAUCUUGGAAGGGCUGCAAACUGUGGAACAGGACAUGGGGGCUGUUCUUGGUGAUCCUUCCAAGCCUCUCCUACUAUCUAUUCGCUCUGGUGCUGCAAUUUCCAUGCCUGGCAUGAUGGACACUAUCCUCAACCUUGGACUCAAUGAUGAAGUGGUUGCUGGUUUGGCCGCAAAGAGUGGAGAGCGUUUUGCCUAUGAUUCAUACAGACGUUUUUUAGACAUGUUUGGAAAUGUGGUAAUGGACAUUCCACACUCAUUAUUUGAGGAGAAAUUAGCUACACUCAAGGAUACAAAAGGAGUCAAACUUGACACAGAUCUAACUGCCUCCGAUCUUAAAGAGCUAGUAGAACAAUACAAGAAUGUUUACCUUGAAACUAAGGGAGAAAAGUUUCCUUCAGAUCCAAAAAAGCAGUUACAGUUAGCCGUUAAAGCAGUUUUUGAUUCUUGGGACAGCCUCAGGGCCAAGAAGUACAGAAGCAUCAAUCAGAUAACAGGGUUGAAGGGAACUGCAGUAAACAUUCAAUGCAUGGUUUUUGGGAACAUGGGAAAUACUUCAGGGACCGGAGUUCUGUUCACAAGGAAUCCAAGCACUGGUGAAAAUAAGCUCUAUGGAGAGUUUCUAAUCAAUGCCCAGGGAGAGGAUGUGGUAGCUGGAAUAAGGACACCAGAAGACUUGGACACCAUGAAACAUUGCAUGCCUGAAGCUUACCAGGAACUUGUGGAGAACUGUCAAAUUCUAGAGAGACAUUAUAAAGACAUGAUGGAUAUUGAGUUCACAGUCCAGGAAAACAGGUUAUGGAUGUUGCAAUGCCGCUCAGGAAAACGUACUGGUAAAGGUGCAGUGAAGAUAGCAGUAGACAUGGUCAAUGAAGGGCUUGUUGAUACACGCUCUGCCAUUAAGAUGGUGGAGCCACAGCAUCUUGACCAACUUCUUCACCCACAGUUUGAAAAUCCAAGCGCUUAUAAAGACAAAGUGGUUGCCACUGGCUUGCCUGCAUCUCCAGGAGCUGCAGUGGGGCAGAUUGUUUUUAGUGCUGAUGAUGCUGAAUCAUGGCAUGCACAAGGAAAGAGUGCUAUAUUGGUAAGGACCGAAACCAGCCCGGAAGAUGUUGGAGGUAUGCAUGCUGCUGCUGGAAUCCUGACAGCUAGGGGUGGCAUGACAUCUCAUGCGGCUGUUGUAGCCCGCGGGUGGGGAAAGUGUUGUAUUUCUGGAUGCGCCGAUAUUCAUAUUAACGACUCAGAGAAGGUUCUUGUGAUUGGAGACAUUGUGAUUGAUGAAGGAGAAUGGCUCUCACUCAAUGGAUCCACAGGUGAAGUGAUAUUGGGAAAGCAGCCUCUUUCUCCACCGGCUUUAAGUGGUGAUUUGGAGACUUUUAUGUCUUGGGCUGACAAAAUAAGGCGUCUCAAGGUUAUGGCAAAUGCUGAUACUCCUGAAGAUGCAUUAACAGCAAGAAACAAUGGUGCACAAGGGAUUGGACUUUGCAGGACAGAGCACAUGUUCUUUGCUUCAGAUGAGAGAAUAAAAGCUGUGAGAAAGAUGAUAAUGGCAGUUACAACAGAACAAAGGAAAGCGGCAUUGAACUUGUUACUACCUUACCAAAGAUCUGAUUUUGAAGGAAUAUUCCGCGCAAUGGAUGGUCUUCCAGUAACAAUCCGACUAUUAGACCCUCCACUUCAUGAAUUUCUUCCAGAAGGUGACUUAGAACAGAUUGUCAGUGAAUUAACUGCAGAAACUGGCAUGACUGAGGAUGAAGUUUUUGCAAGAAUUGAGAAACUAUCGGAAGUUAAUCCCAUGCUUGGUUUUCGAGGCUGCAGGCUAGGGAUAUCAUACCCGGAACUCACUGAAAUGCAGGCACGAGCUAUCUUUCAGGCUGCUGUUUCAAUGAGCAACCAGGGGAUUAAAGUUUUUCCUGAGAUAAUGGUUCCACUUGUAGGGACACCUCAGGAACUAGGGAAUCAAGUGAGUUUUAUCCGGGAAGUUGCGAAGAAAGUGUUUUCUGAAAUGGGUUCUUCCUUGAGCUAUAAGGUGGGAACUAUGAUUGAGAUCCCUAGAGCAGCUCUUGUUGCAGAUGAGAUUGCAAAGGAAGCAGAGUUCUUCUCCUUUGGAACCAAUGACCUGACACAAAUGACUUUUGGUUACAGUAGAGAUGAUGUUGGGAAAUUCUUGCCCAUUUACCUAUCCAAAGGAAUUCUACAACAUGAUCCUUUUGAGGUACUUGAUCAAAGAGGUGUUGGACAACUAGUCAAGAUCGCCACAGAAAAGGGUCGAGCAGCUAGGCCUAGUUUAAAGGUUGGAAUAUGUGGUGAACAUGGAGGAGAACCUUCUUCUGUAGCAUUCUUUGCAGAAGCUGGACUGGACUAUGUUUCUUGCUCUCCAUUCAGGGUUCCUAUUGCUAGGCUGGCUGCAGCUCAAGUUGCUGUCUGAAUUCUCAAAGAGGAUUGUUUGUGGGGUUGUAAAUAAAUGUGCUAUAUGUGAACAUAUGAAGAAGAACAAGGCCAUGAACAUCAUAAAAGUGAAACUCGAAGGAUCGAAAUAUUUUAUUCUUUAUAUAUAUAUAUAUAUCUAUAUAUAAAAGGAGAUAAAAAGAGAAACCUAUAUUUGAAUAAAGUCUUUGGUUUCCAAUUCCAUUGACAUUUUAACAUAAAAUAAUUUGUAUAUAAUAAAUUGGCACAACUUGUGUAACAUUGCAUUUCCUUUA